AUGGCACAGCCUGAGAGGAAGAGAGCAGCCCCGGGCGUGUCGGCACUUGACGUGGUCGUCAUGACGCGUGCCAAGGCGCGCAGGACGGGCCCGGCGGUCCCGGCCACCAUCGCCUGGGGCGCUGCACUGCCGCCGCCCAGCCAGAGCCUGAAGGGCGGCGCCGCCGCGCCGUGGCUCGCGGCGGCCGACGCGCGCAGCCAGCCGCUGGAGCAGCCGCGGCUCCCUGACGACGUCAGCAGCACCACCGCCAGCCCCCAGCUCGCGCCCGGAGACGCGCCCGAGGCGCCGCCCCGGCUUGUGCUGCCGUCGCGGCUGCACUGCGACGAGCGGCGCGCCGCCGCGGCGCCGCCCGACGCGUGCCCGGACCAGCG